AUGACCAAGAAACUGCCACGGGAGUGCAUGAUGGAGGGAGAAUUUACAUUUGAGGUGAGUCUUGUGGAAAAUUACAGUGUGCGUAAAGAGACGGUGGGCCUGGGGCAGUGCUGGAGUGGUAUAAAAGCGGGCCCAACUCCUCUCUCAGUCAUUCGCUCCUCUUGCCUCCAUCUCCCAGGGAACCAGGUGCCCCUCCAGACACAAGACAUGUCCUGCUACGACCAGUGCGUGCCACGCCUGCCCUGCCAGCCCUGCGGCCCCACCCCUCUGGGCAGCAGCUGCAACGAGCCCUGCGUCAGGCAGUGCCAGGACUCCAACGUCUUCAUCCAGCCCUCUCCCGUGGUGGUGACCCUGCCCGGACCCAUCCUCAGCUCCUUCCCGCAGAACACCGCCGUGGGAUCCUCCACCUCCGCUGCCGUUGGCAGCAUCCUCAGCUCUGAGGGCGUGCCCAUCUCCUCUGGAGGCUUUGGCCUCUCUGGCAUUGGCAGCCGCUUCAGUGGCAGGCGGUUCUUCCCCUGCUAAAGCUGCUGGCAGCGGCCCUGGAGAAAGACCUCCCAGGACCCAGAAUUUGUUCACAGAUCUGCACUGGACCAUCAGGAUCUUGUUUUCGUAGGCUACAAGCAAUGCUAACACUCUUGCAAAUGAACAGAUCCACCAUGGACGCUCCGGAAGCAUUGUCCAUGUUUGCCUUUCCCCUCUUCCACUCUCUCCUUUGCCUCCUGAUGCCUUGUUUGUCACUUACGCCCCUCUGGUCUGUCAACCCCAGGAAUCAAGCUUGGGGAGGACAGGAUGGCCCUUCUUCCUCUGCCAAAAAGGCAGAUGGACAGCAGGUGGGACAUCCACCAUGGCCACACAGUGCCGACUCUGUCCCUGCUUAUUCCUGAAUGUUGGCCACCCCUUGGAGCAAUUUUGUUCCCCUCUUUUCUCUCAAUAAAAUUGUGCCGCAUCUCA